ACGUGCGUGCGUGCGUGCGUGCGUACGCCCCCCCCCCCCGUUGCCUCCUCCUUCCAAAACAGUGUGGUCCGUCCACCGGCGACGAUGAUCUGCCUGCUCCUGUCCGUUUUCGCCCACAUCUUUCAGUCAGGGUGGACCGGGUUGAAUGAGCGCACCUUCAUUGCUGUGAAACCCGAUGGCGUGCAGCGGAAACUGGUGGGAGAAAUCGUGCGUCGCUUUGAGAAGAGAGGGUUCAAGCUGGUGGGCCUCAAACUUAUGCAGGCAUCUGAGGACCUUCUAAGGGAACAUUACUGGGACCUCAGGAGUAAGCCCUUUUUCAGCGGACUGAUAACCUACAUGAGCUCAGGACCAGUUGUUGCAAUGGUGUGGCAGGGUUUGGACGUGGUUAAGACUGCGCGUAAGAUGUUGGGAGAGACCAACCCUGCAGACUCGCUGCCAGGAACCAUCCGGGGAGAUUACUGCGUGGAAGUGGGCAGGAACGUGAUCCACGGCAGCGACUCCAUGGAGAGCGCCCAGAAGGAAAUCUCUCUGUGGUUUCGUCAGAGCGAGCUUCACUGCUGGGAGCACAGCAGCAGCCACUGGAUCUACAACUGACAAUCUAAACCCGCUGUCUGUACACCGUCCUGUUGGUAAACCAGUGUUUAUUUUAAGUUAGUCUCAUUACAAGUCCCAUCAUGACAUCAUACCUCAGAGGAAUAUUUUGGCUUUAGUAGUUAGUUGCCACAUAAAAUGCGGUGUCAUUGCUGCCUUGCUGGAUCUCUUGAUGCUGCUGCUUUUUUUUUUUUCUUCAUACAUUCACAUUUUUAUCUAUGUGAAGUACAUUUAAGAGGUGAAAUGAUUGUACAAAGCAAAAGUGCACUAAAUGAGAAUAACUUGACUUGACGACCUCUGCUUCUGUUAGUUUUCAUUAUAGUUUUUGAUUAGUCCGGAACACUAGCUCAUGUUCACAGUUUUUAAGCAAUAAGCUUGGAUGUGAAGCAAUAAAAGGGCAUACAAUUAACCCAAAAGGUUAAUUUCUAUUAAAAGGUACAGGAAACUUUUCUCAUCACUUUUUUUUUUACAUAUUUUUUUCCAAUUCAGUACAUAAGUACCCAGGUGAAGUUACACAAAAUAUCAAAUCACAGCUAAACUGUUACCAGCUUGGUUUUUGUAACCCACUUAAGCUGAAAUUUCUAUGACACAAUAUUUUUUCCUUUGCUACUCGGAAUAAGCUUCUUGUAAUUUUUAAGGUGAAAAAAUUAGCUGAAUGUAGAUGUUUCUUCUGUAAUAGUCCUUGCAGUAGAAACCCCAAAACAUUUAAUUAACGUUAACCAAUACCAUUAUUGCCUUUUUGCACAUUCAUGACUUUGUUUUCCUGUACCUUUUUAAAAUUCAGACUCUAAGGGUUAAAAAUACAUUGUCACAUCACUUGAAAGUACUUGAAUAUAAUUAUGGAUAUAAGUUUUAAAAUAUGACACAUAAUAACUUUCUUGCUUUGAUUAUGGUUUUGUAAUUUCAUCAUGUCAGACUGUUUCCAAAUUAAAAUGAGCGGCACUGAUUGAAGUUUGCAAAUAACUUGUUGUAUUUAAAAAUACGUAACAUUUCCAUCACCUACUUGGCUAGGUCACAUUCAUGCUGUUAUGAAACACCUAUAAUGAUGCUGAGUGGAUUGUAUUGGAAUAGUCAAAAGCAAUAAAUCUAAUCUUGAAAUCCUUUUUAA